UCAGCAUAUAAAAGAAAAUGAGAUCUGUAUGUUUUGAGAAUAUUCUGAUGAAAAUUUGAAAAAGUUGAACUUGUAACAACAAAAUAAACAAUAAUGUCAUUCUGUGACACCUUUUACUCGGAGAAAGCUUACGAAGGAGAUAUAAAAGGAUCUGCCUAUUUUCAAUACUUCUAAUAUACAGAUAAAUCUCAUACCAGCAUUGAAGAUGACUACUAGAUUCAAGUACAUUGCAAUGACAGUAACAGGAGCACUACAUUUGGCCCUUGGAAUUCUUUGUAUCAUUAUUUCAAUAGUCGGUUUUAUCAUAAGAGCUGAUAAAUAUUCCUAUUAUAACUAUAGGUACGUAGAGUACUUUCCAAACAGACGUACUGCUGCUGGAUCAUUUAUUAUAAGCCUAUGGAUUAUUGCAGUUGGAAUAACUGGAAUCAUUACAGGACAGAAGUCAAAUUCGUAUUCAAAAGACCAAAGAAUGAGAAUUGUCUAUUUAGUUUUAAGCAUUUUGUCAGCAGCUGUGCUUUCACUUGGUGGAAUUACUGCUUUUGCUUUCCAAGCUAUUUGGUUUAGCAAUUCAGAUAUAUGUGUUUUAUUUUUCUUUGGAUUAUUUCUAAUGGUUCUGGAAUUAGCUUUGGCUAUUGUCUCUUCAUCCUUUUGCUGCUGCUGUUCAGGAAUAGAGGAAAUUGCUGUCACAACACAAGGACCAGGAGUGUGUCAAUCAGCUAAUACAAAUGUUCCACAAGUUGUCUGUUCCCCAGAUGCUGUUACACCACAUAUGCCUCCACAAUACAGUGCUUAUCCUCCAUAUGCUGUUGGAGCACAAAUGGCUCCACUGUACAAUGCUUCUGUUCCAAAUGUUGCUGAAGGUGCUAUGUAUCAAAAACAAUAAAAUGGAAUGGAAUUUUCAUAUUUUGUGAAAUUGAAAAUUGUUUUAAAAGAAUUAUAUAUACAUGUAUAUAUGUAUGUAUGUAUGUAUGUAUGUAUGUACAUCUUUCAAUUGUGUUUUAAAUUUAUUUUACAAU